AUGGAGCUGUCCGAGGUACGUUGCUUGAGCGACAGCGACGAGUCGUACACCAUCAACCAGACGCCCCCUAGCGGCAGUGCCCGCUCCCAACGCCUGCUGUGGCAGACUGCCGUGCGCCACAUCACGGAGCAGCGUUUCAUUCAAGAACACUGCAGCGGCAAAGCCCUUGACUCCGAGGAGUCCUGCUGCCCCAACCACAGCCACCCUUCCCGGCGCCAGUCAGCGGGCAAGAGCCUCAGUGGCCACAACAACGGGGGCACCAAAGUCUUCCCCGAGCGCAGCAGCAGCAGUGGCGACCUGGGCUUCCUGCACCUGGAUUGCGCUCCCAGCAACUCCGAUUUCUUCCUGAACUGGGGCUACACCUACCGGGGUGUGAUCUUCCCCACCUUACGCAACUCCUUCAAGUCCCGGGACUUGGAGCGCCUCUACCAGCGCUACUUCCUGGGCCAGAGGCGGAAGUCGGAAGUGGUGGUGAACAUCUUGGAUGUGCUCACCAAACUGACCCUCCUGUUGCUCCACCUGACUUUGGCCUCGGCCCCCAUGGACCCCCUCAAGGGCAUUCUGCUGGGCUUCUUCACGGGCAUCGAAGUGAUCAUCUGUGCCUUAGUGGUGGUCAGAAAGGACACGACCUCUUACACCUACCUGCAGUACAGCGGUGUGGUCACCUGGGUGGCCAUGGCCACCCAAAUCUUGGCUGCGGGCUUGGGUUGUGGCCUCCUUGGCGAUGGCAUUGGCUACGUGCUCUUCACUCUCUUUGCUACCUACAGCAUGCUCCCUCUGCCCCUCACCUGGGCUAUUUUGGCCGGCUUGGUUACCUCCCUCCUACAGCUCCUUAUGCAGACCUUCAUCCCUAGGCAGGUGGUGAUCUCCAUCAACCAGACGGCAGCUCAGGCAGUUUUAUUUAUGUGCAUGAAUACUGCUGGGAUCUUCAUUAGCUACCUGUCGGAUCGAGCUCAACGCCAAGCCUUCUUAGAAACCCGAAGAUGUGUAGAAGCUCGACUGCGGCUGGAAACAGAAAAUCAGCGGCAGGAGCGGCUGGUUCUCUCUGUGUUACCUCGAUUUGUUGUGCUAGAAAUGAUUAAUGACAUGAGCAAUGUGGAGGACGAACAUUUGCAACAUCAGUUCCAUAAGAUCUAUAUUCACCGUUAUGAAAACGUCAGCAUUCUUUUUGCAGAUGUGAAAGGAUUCACCAAUCUCUCUACAACAUUAUCGGCUCAAGAGCUGGUUCGGAUGCUGAAUGAACUUUUUGCCAGAUUCGAUCGCUUAGCACACGAACAUCACUGCCUUAGAAUUAAGAUCCUGGGAGAUUGCUACUACUGUGUAUCUGGGCUUCCCGAGCCUCGGCAGGAUCACGCUCAUUGUUGCGUUGAAAUGGGACUCAGCAUGAUCAAAACCAUCAGGUAUGUCCGGUCAAGGACAAAGCAUGAUGUGGACAUGAGGAUCGGCAUUCACUCCGGAUCAGUGCUAUGUGGAGUUCUGGGUCUGCGGAAGUGGCAAUUUGAUGUCUGGUCGUGGGAUGUAGACAUUGCGAACAAACUUGAGUCAGGUGGAAUACCUGGGCGAAUCCACAUAUCCAAGGCGACUUUAGAUUGUCUCAACGGGGAUUACAAAGUGGAGGAAGGACACGGCAAAGAACGCAAUGAAUUUUUGAGGAAGCACAACAUUGAGACCUACUUGAUCAAGCAACCCGAGGAAAGCCUGCUGACUUUGCCCGAAGACAUCGUCAAAGAGUCGAUCCCUUCUUCAGACAGGAGAAACAGCGGAGCCACGUUCACGGAAGGAUCCUGGAGCCCCGAGCUGCCUUUUGAUAACAUCGUGGGAAAGCAGCAUACUCUGGCUGCCCUAACAAGAAAUUCAAUAAAUCUGCUUCCAAACCAUCUUGCACAAGCUUUGCAUGUCCAGUCUGGGCCUGAGGAAAUUAACAAGCGAAUAGAACACACCAUCGACUUGCGGAGUGGCGAUAAGUUGCGAAGAGAGCAUAUCAAGCCUUUUUCCCUGAUGUUUAAAGACUCUGGCCUGGAACAUAAGUACUCCCAAAUGAGGGACGAGGUCUUCAAGUCAAACUUGGUGUGUGCAUUAAUUGUCUUGGUGUUUAUCACCGCCAUCCAAAGUCUACUUCCUUCUUCAAGAAUGAUUCCGAUGAUUGUUCAAUUUUCAAUUCUAAUUAUAUUACAUUCAUCUCUCGUGCUGAUAACCACGGCCGAGGAUUACAAAUGCUUACCCCUGGUGCUCCGGAAAACUUGCUGCUGGAUUAAUGAGACUUACCUGGCCCGUAAUGUCAUCAUCUUUGCCUCAAUUAUGAUUAAUUUCUUGGGAGCCAUCAUCAAUAUUCUCUGGUGUGACUGGGACAAACAACUGCCUUUUAAGAAUCAAACUUUCAACUCUUCGGUAUAUUUUACAGAUAUUUGCUCGUAUCCAGAGUAUUUCGUCUUUACCGGUAUCCUGGCUAUGGUGACUUGUGCCGUGUUUCUCCGUCUCAAUUCGGUCCUUAAGUUGGCCGUGCUCCUCAUCAUGAUUGCAAUCUACUGCUUCCUGACCGAGACCAUUUAUGCUUCCCUGUUUCUCCAGUACGAUGAAAUCAAUCAUAAUGGAGAUACGGAUUUCCUGGGGACGAAAGAAGCUUCCUUGCUCCUCAUGGCCAUGUUUCUGUUAGCUGUAUUCUAUCACGGCCAACAGCUUGAAUACACAGCGAGGCUUGACUUUCUGUGGCGUGGCCAGGCCAAAGAAGAAAUCAACGAGAUGAAGGAGUUAAGAGAGCACAACGAAAACAUGCUACGCAAUAUCCUGCCAAGCCACGUGGCCCGUCAUUUCCUAGAAAAAGACCGAGAUAAUGAAGAUCUCUACUCUCAGUCCUACGAUGCAGUUGGCGUUAUGUUUGCCUCUAUCCCCGGUUUUGCCGACUUCUACUCCCAGACCGAAAUGAACAACCAGGGCGUGGAAUGCCUACGACUGCUGAAUGAAAUCAUCGCUGACUUUGACGAGUUAUUAGGUGAAGAACGAUUUCAGGAUAUUGAGAAAAUUAAAACCAUUGGAAGCACAUACAUGGCGGUAUCAGGGUUAUCCCCUGAAAAACAGCAGUGUGAAGAUAAGUGGGGCCAUUUAUGCGCCUUGGCAGAUUUCUCCAUUGCACUGAAUGAAAGCAUUCAAGAGAUUAACAAGCAUUCUUUUAACAACUUUGAGCUCCGCAUCGGUAUCAGCCAAGGCUCGGUUGUAGCUGGGGUCAUCGGUGCUAAGAAACCACAGUAUGAUAUCUGGGGGAAAACUGUUAAUUUAGCUAGUCGAAUGGACAGUACCGGAAUCAGCGGCCGAAUACAAGUGCCUGAGGACACCUAUUUGAUCUUGAAGGACCGUGGAUUCGCCUUUGACUAUCGGGGAGAGAUUUACGUCAAGGGCAUCAGCGAGCAAGAAGGCAAAAUCAAAACCCACUUCCUUCUGGAAGAGUUCAGCUCCAACCCUUUGACCAUGCAACCAAGAAAACUAACGGGACAAUACUCCUGCGCUGUCGUGCUGGGGCUCGUGCAAUCGCUGAACAGGCAAAAGCAGAAGCUUUUAAACGAGAACAAUAAUUCGGGCAUCAUUAAGGGUCAUUACAAUCGGCGGACUUUAUUAACUCCGGGCGGGUCCGAGUCAGCCGUCCAGGCAGAAGCCGUCGACAAGACGGACUUGCCAUAA